AUGGCGCACUCAACUUACGAGAACAAUGAGCAGCAGGAGAGCAAUCUUCAGAAAGAAUGGUGUCAGAAUGGAGUUUGGAAUGCUAGGAAAUUAUUGCAUCUACCAGUGAGAGUUGAUGAUAGCUGGAGUUGGGAAUCAUCGGGAAUCAUGAUAGAAGUUUGUCAUCCUCACAUAAAUGAACAAUUCAAGUUUUGCCCAAAACAUAAUUGUAAUACACCAAUCCUUCCCUUGCCAACCAGUUUGCCUCCAUUUAAUAAAGUACGUUGGGACACUUUGCGGAGCCGGUGCCAACAAUUGAAUUUGAGUACCGAUGGCCGGAAAAUAGAGGUUUAUCUGAGGCUCCAGAAACAUGCUUACCCUGGAAUAAACCAGAAUAUUCCUGAAACAUCACCAGAAGCUAAAUUGCAGUCAUGUUCGAGGAAAGGCAAGAUGGUGGCCGAGAAAGCAAGGCUUUGGAAAAGUUGUAAGAAGAGUGAGAGAGAGGAAGGGAUUAAUACCGUCGAGGUGGUAACUUCAGUACAGGAAGGCGUGUUGGCAGCAUGGUCAAGAAUUGCUGCAAGAGCCAGUCAAUCCAAGUCUGUGAAUUCACGUUCCAUUCCUGCUUCUGUUGAGACCUUUCUGCUGCAAGCCUCUGGUGUCCGGUGGUGUGUGGUCCAUGGCAGACCCCUCUUGGCAGACACACAAGGCUGGGUUUGCCUGCAGUUUCAUGCAGGUCAGGCCUGGGUGCCUGACACUCCCAAAAGGAUGAUCUCUCUCUUCCUGUUACCUGCCUGCACGUUCCCAUCCCCAGGCCUAGAAGACAAUAUGUUAUGUCCUGAAUGUGCUAAGAGAAAUAAGAAGAUGAUGAAAAGAUUAAUUGCACUGGGGAAGGAAAAGCGACCUCAUUUGAACAGACCAACAUUCCCUUUGGAUGGGCCAUAUCUUAAUAAGGAAUAA